AUGCUGGCGUCUUGUCAGUCCUGACUGACUGUAUGUCAAUAAUAUAUCUUUUUUUACGACAGACUGUAAAAAUACGAAGCAAAAUCAAAGCGAAAAUAUCCAAAGAAAUUAAACAGCAUUAAGACGAGGAUGUAAACGCACGCGCAAGGUCAAAAGAAUGCCGCUGACGUAAGACGGAAGUGAUAGUGUUUGGAUCCAUAGAGGCUGAGUAGCAUUCAUUUUAAGAGGAUAUGGAUUUUUUAACCAAGAUCAUCAAAGUGCUAAAUUGUGAAUCUUAUAAUGGAUUCUGUCUCCUAACACCCUCUUACUAAAUGGAAGGGAGCAUCUGGCCACUGGAAUAUUUCCUAGUAUGGCUUGCAGAAGGGUGAAAGACCAUACGCAGUCAGACUAUGGAAAUUAUUCAGAUGUGUAUUACAGACAUCACCCAGUCCAAAGGGCUAAAACACACAGUAUCUGCAUGGUGUCGGACUUCUUUUACCCAAACAUGGGAGGAGUAGAAAGCCAUAUAUAUCAGCUGUCCCAAUGUCUGAUUGAAAGAGGACACAAAGUUAUAAUUGUCACUCACAGUUAUGGAAACAGAAAAGGAAUACGCUACCUCACUAAAGGACUUAAGGUUUAUUACCUACCUCUGAAGGUGAUGUAUAAUCAGUCAACUGCAACAACACUCUUUCAUACUCUACCUCUGUUUAGGAGCAUCUUUAUUAGAGAGCAGGUAACAAUAAUCCAUGCACACAGUUCUUUCUCUGCCAUGGCCCAUGAUGCCCUUUUUCAUGCUAAGACCAUGGGGCUGCAUACUGUGUUUACAGACCACUCUUUGUUUGGAUUUGCUGAUGUAAGCUCUGUUUUAACAAACAAACUCUUAACUGUGUCAUUGUGUGAUACAAAUCAUACCAUAUGUGUUUCUUACACAAGCAAAGAAAACACUGUUCUCCGAGCAGGACUUAACCCAGAAAUUGUCUCUGUAAUCCCUAAUGCAGUUGAUCCAACUGACUUCACUCCAGAAUCGACUAGACGGGAUGAUAAUAAAAUUACUAUAGUUGUUGUCAGUCGUCUUGUUUACAGAAAAGGAAUUGAUUUGCUUGGUGGUAUUAUUCCUGAACUAUGUCAGAAAUACCCAGAUCUGCAUUUUCUCAUUGGAGGAGAGGGACCUAAAAGAAUUGUGCUUGAAGAGGUGCGGGAGAGAUACCAGCUUCAUGACAGGGUGCGUCUUCUUGGAGCUUUAGAGCACAAAGAUGUUCAAAAUGUCUUGGUUCAGGGUCACAUAUUUCUGAAUACUUCUCUCACAGAAGCUUUCUGUAUGGCAAUUGUGGAGGCAGCCAGCUGUGGUUUACAGGUUGUUAGCACUCGAGUAGGUGGGAUUCCUGAGGUACUACCAGAAGAUCUCAUAAUUUUAUGUGAACCAUCUGUAAAGUCUCUCAGUGCUGGCCUAGAGAAGGCCAUUGCACAACAGCAGACAGGGAUAUUACCAGCACCAGAAGAGAUCCAUAGCAGGGUAAAGAGACUCUACACUUGGAGAAAUGUUGCAGAGAGAACAGAAAAGGUAUAUAACAGAGUAUCUGAAGAAGUUGUAUUGCCAAUGGAUAAGCGUCUUCAUAGACUGAUGUCUCACUGUGGUCCUGUGGCUGGAUCCAUUUUUGCCAUAAUAGCUGUGCUGGAUUACCUGCUGCUUCUGUUCCUUACUUGGUUACUUCCUGACACAAACAUUGAUAUUGCUGUAGAUGCCACAGGAACAAAUGGAGCAUGGACUCGAAGGCAUUUUUCUCCACUUGAGAAAAAUUUGGAAAGUGACUGUCGUACCUGCUACACAGCUAGGAAUUGUCCGUGAUAGAGCACCAUAAGCCUCCACAGUUUUAAAAUUCACAUUGCUGCAUCAGAAUCUCACACACACACAGAGACCUAUCAAGGGAGUAAUCAAUAACAUUGCACUGAAACCAUACCUUGAUGACUCCAUUUUGCAUCUCCCUGGACUACAAGAGAAGUAUGAACUAGGAAAAGCCAACUGAAUUGUAUAAUUUAAUAUAUGAAAUGCAGGAAAAAAUAAAAAUAUAUAAACAAUAAUAGAAUCACUAAAAAAAUCUGAUUUGAGUUUUAAGAUGACAUUUCUACAUUCCCCAUCCAUGUAGUAAUUUGUUUGCAAAUAGAGAAUUUACGUUCCUAUAAUCUGUUUUGGUAAAGCCCUGUGCUUUUGUAAAGCUAUUUCAUCAUGGCUUUUGUAGAAGUCUUAAUUAUGUCACAUAUAAGACUAAAAAAUUCUAUAAACAGAUGCAUAUAAAUUUAUAAAAAGUUGUUGUGGCUUGGAGGUACAAAGAACUUAAGGUACUCCAUACCUCACCUGCAUUGCAUAGAUGUUCUUCGUGUUUCACUGUUGCAGUCAUCACAUUUGGGUUAUCUGCUUGCAGUAGCCCUCAG